AUGAUCGAAAAGUCUCCGGAAGAAACUGUUGUUUAUACAACAACUACUACUGUGGAUUCGAUCGCUGCCAACUCAAUCAUCACUGCCUCGACGUAUGUCGCAGAAAUAUCAUAUGAUCGAACCAAGCUUAUUGUUCUAAAACAAAGUGCUCUAAACCUGAAAAUAGCCCUUGAACAAUCCGAUGUUUUAGCUUAUAAUGAAGAAACGGACUCUCGACGAAAAAGUACUAUUGCUGAUCAUUUUACUCUUCGAAAGUUGUUAGCUAAAUUGGAUAUUUCAGACGAAGCUAUGAUAUCCGUACAAAUGAACAACCGUCCUGCUCUAAACCUGAAAAUAGCCCUUGAACAAUCCGAUGUUUUAGCUUAUAAUGAAGAAACGGACUCUCGACGAAAAAGUACUAUUGCUGAUCAUUUUACUCUUCGAAAGUUGUUAGCUAAAUUGGAUAUUUCAGACGAAGCUAUGAUAUCCGUACAAAUGAACAACCGUCCGUGA